AAAAAGACGUCGACUAGCAGAUUGAUUUAUCAUGUUGUUAGAGCCUUAUUUUUGUUUUCUCAUACAAUGUAUGAUGUUUCACAAUCCAUAUAAGUUUGUCAAUGCGUUGAUCGGGGAGGGUGUGAGAGAAGCAGGUGAAAAUGAAUUCGGUUAUGUCGUAUCCAUUAGGAGAACCAGUACUUUAGAGAUUCCAAUUCAAAGGUUACAUCGAUGCACGGCAACAUUGAUUUCCAAACAAGAUGUGAUAACUGCCGAACACUGUUUAAGAAACAUGUUGCCAACAGCCUUUAAAAUAAUGAUUGGAUCAAAUGAUUUGACACGUAGUAUAGAAACAUUUCCCCUAUUUUUAAUAACAUAUAAUGAUUGGGCUUCGAACCAACGCAUACGGACGGAAUUUCGAAUUAAUGAUAUUGCUUUUGUAAAGAUAAUUGGAAAUAUACCGAAUAACGUUCCUACUGCAAUGCUUGGAAAUGCUCCGAAUAGUAUAUUUUAUGGAAUGAAUGUUCAGGUGGCGGGUUGGGGCAAAUUAUCAGAUAAUAUGAUACCCCGAAUAUUGCAUACAGUCACACUUACACUGAUAUCAAAAGAUGAAUGUGAGAAUAGGAUUCGAGACUUCUCAGGAAUAACUCUUAAUGUUUACGAAAAACAAUUCUGUACGUUUGCAGAGCCAUACGGAUUAUUGAAUAAUGGUGAUAGUGGUGGACCAGUUUUAUUAUUUGAUAAUAUAAUUGGUGUUAAUAAUGGAUUAAUGCCAGAUAUCGAUAACAAAUCUCAUCCAGAACAACUAAAAACUAUUUAUCCUUUAGAUUCCGGGUACAAUUUUGCAAAUGCUAUGGUCGGCUCGAAUAUUCGAAACGCCCGUCCAAAUGAAUUCCCCUUCGUUAUAUCUAUUAUGACAUAUUAUCCGAACGACGACCGUCCAGCAGACGAAGUUCAUCGAUGCACGGGAACACUUAUUUCAGCCCAAGAUGCACUAACGUCAUAUCAUUGUCUGCACUCUUUGACUGUAUUAGACUUUAGGUUGAUAAUUGGUUCAAAUGACUUACGCCAAGGUGUAAUGUACCGGGCUCUUUGGUGGUGGGGGUACAACGAAUGGGCAGCCUCGAAAAAUAUUGAAACUGAAUUCAGGCAAAACGAUAUAGCUUUUAUAAAGAUUUAUGGCAAUGUGCCUGGAAACAUGGCAUAUCCACGAAUUCGCAAUAUAGCGCCUACCAGACUGUUUGGUAAAAAAGUUGUAACAGCAUCUUGGGGUAAAAUGGGUAAUACGACGACUUCAAGAAUGUUACAGACCGCCCGUCUUACAAUUAUAUCAAACGAAGAAUGUAUGAAUAGAAUAGAAGUUCUUCAUGGGAGUAGAUUGAUGGUUCAUUCAAGACGACUAUGUUCUAUUGCCGAACCUUAUGUGUUAGUACUAGGGGGUGACAGUGGUGGUCCACUCUUAUACAACGAUAUGCUCGUAGCAGUGAAUCAUGGCACAUGUCCACAACUUCCUGAACUAUAUCAUCCAGAUCAAGUGAACAUACAUUGCGGGAUUCAGUAUUAUAAAAACUUUAUCUUGGAUGUAAAAGAUAAUUCCCACACAGAGUUCAGUUAA